GAAGCCCCGCCCCGAAGGCGCCUGACGCUGAGCCGCAGCCCCUUCUCACUUGUAGCCCCGCAGAUCUCCAUUUUCUUCUUUCCUCAUAUUCCGGAGCGGAAGAGCAAAGACUUUUGGAAAAAAUGGAUGAAGAAUACGACGUUAUCGUUCUGGGCACCGGGCUUACGGAAUGUAUUUUAUCAGGCAUUAUGUCAGUGAAUGGGAAAAAGGUUCUGCACAUGGAUCGCAACUCCUACUACGGAGGUGAUAGCGCCUCCAUCACACCUCUUGAAGACCUCUACAAGCGCUUCAACCUUCCUGGAAGCCCUCCUGACUCAAUGGGAAAAGGCCGGGAUUGGAACGUGGACCUUGUCCCUAAAUUCCUCAUGGCCAAUGGUCAGCUGGUCCGCAUGCUGCUGAUCACACAGGUGACUCGCUACCUGGAUUUCAAAGUGGUUGAAGGCAGUUUUGUGUACAAGAAGCCCAAAAUCCAUAAAGUUCCCUCUACGGAGACGGAGGCCCUGGCAUCCAGUCUGAUGGGGCUGUUUGAGAAGCGGCGCUUCAGAAAGUUCCUGGUCUUUGUUGCCAACUUUGAUGAGAAUGACCCCAAGACUAUGGAGGGUGUCGACCCAAAGAAGACGACGAUGAGGGAAAUAUACAAGAAGUUUGACCUGGGCCAGGAAGUCAUGGACUUCACCGGUCACUCCCUUGCUCUCUACCGUACAGAUGAUUACCUGGAUCAACCCUGCAUGGAAGCAAUCAACAGGAUAAAGCUUUACAGUGAGUCUCUGGCCCGAUAUGGCAAGAGCCCAUAUCUGUACCCACUGUACGGCCUGGGAGAACUGCCACAAGGCUUUGCCAGGCUUAGCGCCAUCUACGGUGGGACGUACAUGCUGAACAAGCCAAUAGAAGAGAUUGUGAUGGAGAAUGGGAAGGUGGUGGGAGUCAAGUCGGAGGGGGAGAUUGCAAGGUGCAAGCAGCUGAUCUGCGACCCCAGCUACAUUAUGGAUCGUGUCACCAAAGUGGGUCAGGUGAUCAGAGCCAUCUGCAUCUUGAGUCAUCCUAUAGCCAACACUGGCGACGUAAACUCGUGCCAGAUCAUCAUCCCCCAGAAUCAGGUCAACAGGAAACACGACAUCUAUGUUUGUAUGAUCUCCUUUGCACACAAUGUGGCUGCGCAGGGUAAAUACAUCGCCAUCGUUAGCACCACAGUGGAGACGGGUGAGCCAGAGAAGGAGAUCAAGCCAGCCCUGGACUUACUGGAGCCCAUCGAGCAGAAGUUUGUCAGCAUUAGCGACCAGUAUGCACCCACUGACAUUGGGACUGAAAGUCAGAUCUUCAUCUCUCGGUCCUACGAUGCAACAACUCACUUUGAGACCACCUGUGAUGACAUCAAGGACAUCUACAAGAGGAUGACAGGCUCAGAGUUUGACUUUGCUGAGAUGGAGCGCAAGAAGAAGGACACCUUUGGUGACGAUGAUUCGUAGAGGCAGCCAGUCCUGCAACACUCUGAUAAUCAAAGACAACGGAAAUCUUAUAAAAAAUAGAAAACUUACACAAAAAAGUAAAGACCAGUGGGCUGACUGAUUACUCGAGUACACAGUUUGCCCACUGAAGAAGUUGAUGAUGCAUAGAGAGAGGCGGUAUAGUUUUGUUGGAUAGGGUUCAGGGAGAGCGCUAUGCUUCUUCACAUCAUUCAGGUGGGUGUUGCACUAAAUACUGGUUAUAUCUAAUAGACAGUUAAUACCCUACAUUUUUCUAAUUCAUCAUGCUAAGACGAUGCGUAGUCCAAAGAUGCCAAAUGAAACGAUUCAUAAUCAAUAGUAUCUGGAAAAGAUGUACACUCUAUACUCGGCUGAUAUUUUGUAUAUGCAGGUGUUCUUUUCGUGUCAGGUUCUGUGAGUUGUGGCUUGGCAUCGUGUGUCUGUAUUCAGUUGUGGUGUGUUGAGCUGAGUGUUCCUCACAGGAUGUGGCAGUUCCUGCACUUUCAGGCCGGUAACAGCAGAGCGCCGUGCGAGGCAGCACCUCAGCAUCCACAUCAUAUGGUCCGGUUUUGUAAAAGUGCUUUAGUGGUGUAUGGGCUAGGUCUUCUUUCUUUGUUUGAUCCCCUGAUUGUGCGACAGCAUACAGUAAGUCACAGGCACGACUGUAGCUCAACAUGAACCUCCUGAACCGGUUUUCAACACUUUGAGUUACUAUAAUGCAUCUGAGAAAAAUGUAUUAGUUCCUGUAUUACCCAAAAUAAUCAAAGACCCGAGCAUUAACAGCAGAUUGAUGACACAUGUAAUUGCUUAAGAAGGACCAAAUGUGUACUGCAGCAGUAUUGAACUGAUGGGAGCCUUGUGAUAUCUGGUUUUGAACAACUGUUGUUAAAAAAGGAAGAAAAAAACUAUCUUGGGGCUCAAAUGAUUUCUGUACUGCAAAGUAAAAAAAGAAAAACUUUGUCAAAAUCCAAA